AUGAGGCCAAUUGUGGGAUUUUCCUUCCUUUCUCUCAUCUCAUCUUCACUAUGUGUUCCGACAAACCUACGUCCACGAAGCGAGGUGACGCAAAUUGAACAGCCAUUGAUCAAACUGAAGCCACAACAGAGCUCCUCUCGGGAGCUCGUGAACCUCGAUGGUCUGUGGAAAUUUGCUCUCGCAUCUAGUCCCAACGACACUGCCACACCAUGGACAGCCCCAUUGCCCAAAGGCCUUGAAUGCCCCGUGCCAGCCUCUUACAACGACAUAUUUGUCGACCGAAACAUCCAUGACCACGUCGGAUGGGUUUAUUACCAACGCGAUGUCAUUGUUCCCAAAGGCUGGUCUCAAGAGAGAUAUCUUGUCCGGGCUGAGUCUGCCACACACAAGGGUCGUAUCUACGUGAACGACCAACUUCUGGCAGAGCACGUGGGAGGUUACACGCCCUUUGAAGCCGAUAUUACAGACUCCAUCGCCGCGGGUGAGAAGUUCCGCUUGACAAUUGCUGUCAAUAAUGAGCUCACUCAUGAGACAAUUCCACCGGGAGAGAUCAGUGUAGGGAAAGCCACGGGCAAGAGAAAGCAGACCUAUCACCAUGACUUUUACAACUACGCUGGUCUUGCUCGAUCCGUCUGGCUUUAUUCAGUACCUCGACAGCAUAUCCAGGACAUCACUGUGACAACUGAUGUCGACGGUGCUGAUGGCUUAAUCAACUACAAGAUCAAUGUCACCAAUGGCACAGACGAGCAGAUCAAGAUUGAGAUUAUCGAUGAGGAUCAAAACACUGUUGCGAAUGCUUCUGGAGCGGAAGGCACUGUCCGCAUCCCUUCAGCCAAGUUGUGGCAGCCCGGUGCAGCCUAUCUUUACCAAUUCCAGGCUAAGAUCGUGGACUCCCAAGGUAAAGUAGUCGAUACUUAUGCCUUGGCUACCGGAGUGCGCACCGUCAAAGUCAGCGGAAGCAAGUUCCUGAUCAAUGACAAGCCCUUCUACUUCACUGGAUUUGGGAAACACGAGGAUACCGCAGUGCGCGGCAAAGGGCAUGACCAAGCGUACAUGGUUCACGACUUCCAACUGAUGAAUUGGAUCGGAGCGAACUCAUUCCGAACAUCGCACUACCCCUAUGCCGAAGAGGUCAUGGAUUUCGCAGACCGACACGGCAUCGUCGUCAUCGACGAGACUCCCGCAGUGGGAUUGAAUAUUGCUCUAUUGGGUUUGUCUGAUAGUGAUUCUAAAACAUUCACCCCAGACGCCAUCAACAACAAUACCCAGGCCGCACACAAACAGGCCAUCCGUGAACUCAUUAGUCGGGAUAAGAACCACCCCAGCGUUGUGAUGUGGUCCAUCGCCAAUGAGCCUGCCUCUCAGGAAGAAGGAGCACGCGAGUAUUUCGAGCCGCUGGCCAAAUUGACUCGACAACUUGACGCAAGUCGCCCAAUCACAUUCGCCAAUGUCGGAAUGGCAACAUACAAAGAGGAUCGAAUCUCUGAUCUGUUUGAUGUGAGUUGUCUCAAUCGGUAUUUCGGAUGGUAUUCCGAGACUGGAGACCUCGAGGAGGCCGAGGCAGCUCUGGAAGAGGAGCUUCGUGGCUGGGAGCAGAAGUUCGACCGGCCGAUUGUCAUGACUGAGUACGGUGCUGAUACGAUUGCUGGACUUCAUUCUGUUUUCGGUCUGCCUUGGAGUGAGGAGUUCCAAACGCAAAUGCUUGCCAUGUACCAUCGAGUCUUUGACCGCAUAUCAACGAUGGCUGGUGAACAGGUUUGGGCCUUUGCGGAUUUCCAGACUAAUCUGGGCGUUCAGCGGGUGGAUGGUAACAAGAAGGGUGUGUUUACGAGGGACCGGAAACCCAAGGCUGCAGCGCAUGGCCUUCGGGAAAGGUGGACUAAGAUAGCUCGCUGA